AUGGCAGAUUGGCUGCCGGCCCAGACGCAGGAGGCUGGUGGUACCUACACACCGCAGGAGGCUGGUGGUACCUACACACCGCAGGAGGCUGGUGGUACCUACACAUCGCAGGCGACUGGUGGUACCUACACACCGCAGGAGACUGGUGGUACCAACACACCACAGGAGACUGGUGGUACCUACACACCGCAGGAGACUGGUGGUACCUACACACUGCAGGAGGCUGGUGGUACCUACACACCACAGGAGGCUGGUGGUACCUACACACCGCAGGAGGCUGGUGGUACCUACACACUACAUGAGACUGGUGGUACCUAUACACCGCAGGAGACUGGUGGUACCUACACACCGCAGGAGGCUGGUGGUACCUACACACUACAUGAGACUGGUGGUACCUACCCACUACAUGAGACUGGUGGUACCUACACACCGCAGGAGGCUGGUGGUACCUACACACCGCAGGAGGCUGGUGGUACCUACACACUGCAGGAGGAACAAGUGGAAUAUGUGUUUCUGAUUAUCUUCACCAUUGAGACCUUUCUGAAGAUUUUGGCGUAUGGCUUAGUGAUGCACCCCAGCUCCUACAUUCGCAACGGAUGGAACUUGUUGGACUUUGUCAUUGUUAUCGUCGGGCCGUCUAACUCGGCCGACGAUGUGUGUUCCAGGCUGUUCAGUGUCGUCCUGGAGACGAUGACCCAUAAGGCCACUGGGGAGGCCGCGUCGACCCACCACGUGCCAGGGAAACCCGGAGGUCUGGAUGUCAAAGCUCUCCGUGCCUUCAGAGUACUGAGGCCCCUACGGCUGGUCUCAGGAGUACCUAGUCUUCAGAUCGUAUUGAACUCCAUCAUGAAGGCCAUGCUGCCUCUGCUCCACAUCGCCUUGCUGGUCCUGUUUGUCAUCAUCAUCUAUGCCAUCAUCGGCCUGGAGCUGUUCAUCGGACGGAUGCAUAAAUCCUGCUACUACAUCGGCACAGAUAACUAUGCAGAGGAUGACCCUGUGCCCUGUGCAUUUGCGGGUCAUGGCCGUCAGUGUGUAGUGAACGGGUCUGAGUGUCGAGGAAAGUGGGCUGGACCCAACGGAGGAAUCACCAACUUUGACAAUUUCUUCUUCGCUAUGCUGACGGUGUUCCAGUGUAUCACUAUGGAGGGGUGGACCGACGUACUCUACUGGAUGAAUGAUGCCAUCGGGUUUGAGAUGCCCUGGGUUUACUUUGUCAGUCUGGUGGUCUUUGGCUCCUUCUUCGUCCUCAACCUGGUUUUGGGUGUGUUGAGUGGAGAGUUCUCCAAGGAGAGAGAGAAGGCCCAGGCGCGAGGGGACUUCCAGAAGCUGAGAGAGAAGCAGCAGAUGGAGGAGGAUCUGUCUGGAUACAUGGACUGGAUCACACAGGCUGAGGACAUGGAUGAGUUUGACGAGGAUGGAAACAGACGUGAGUACCGUGUGUUUGCGACUCUGGGGGAUCUGUCAGACAAGAAGAAAGGGAAGUUUGGCUGGUUCAGUCACUCUAACGACACACACGCAAGUCUUCCAGCCAGUGAGACAGCCUCUACCAACACGGAGAAUAUUGAUGAGGAACACACUGAUUGCUGUGCCGCCUGCUGUCGAACGUUGCGGCGGUGGAACCGGGUGUGUCGGAGGAACUGCCGCGUGGCGGUCAAGUCGGUGACGUUCUAUUGGCUAGUUCUGUUUCUGGUGUUCCUCAACACCAUCUGCAGCGCCUCAGAACACUACGACCAGCCAGAUUGGCUCACAGAGGUCCAGGACAUAGCCAACAAAGUUCUGCUGUCUCUGUUUACGGUGGAGAUGUUGUUGAAGAUGUAUGCUCUGGGGACGUCUCAGACCGGCUACUUCAAGGCCUUUUUUAACCGCUUCGACUUCUUCGUGGUGUGUGGAGGCAUCACGGAGACCACUCUGGUGGAGCUGGAGAUCAUGCCGCCUCUCGGCAUCUCCGUGCUUCGCUGUGUCCGACUCCUCAGGAUAUUUAAAGUGACACGUCACUGGACAGCUCUGUCCAACCUGGUGGCUUCUCUGCUCAACUCUAUGAAGUCUAUCAUGUCCCUUCUGCUCCUGCUCUUCCUCUUCCUGAUUAUCUUCGCUCUGCUGGGCAUGCAGCUGUUCGGAGGGAAGUUCAAUUUCGACGAGACCCAGACCAAGAGGAGCACCUUCGACACCUUCUCCCAAGCCUUGCUUACCUGCUUCCAGAUUCUAACAGGUGAGGACUGGAACUUAGUGAUGUAUGAUGGCAUCAUGGCGUACGGAGGGCCUGUCUUCCCGGGCAUGAUCAUCUGUAUCUACUUUGUCAUCCUCUUCAUCUGUGGUAACUAUAUCCUGCUGAACGUCUUCUUGGCUAUCGCUGUGGACAACUUAGCAGGAGGAGACGGUGACACAAAGAAAGAAGAGAAGAAAGAAGAGGGGGAAGCAAAGGAAGGGGAGGGAGAGAGUGGAGAACUGAAGAUUGACGUCGAUGAUGAGACUGAGUAUGAGGAAGAGGAGGAGCCUGAACAGACAGAAG